AUGUCUGAUCCCUUCGCCUACGAAUACCCAUCUCCACUGGAAGGCUACGAGAAUCUCGAGCCCUUGUCUGAAGAGAAAAACGAAGAUGGCAAAUCGCUGAAGAACCCCCAACAUGGAGUUCUGAGCAAAGCAUAUGAAGAAUUCCCCGAUCCCCUCUCCAAGGGGCGAGAAGGAGGCUUCGAUAUCCACAUCUAUUACUUCCAAGUAGGUCGCACCACCGCCCACCCCGAUGCAACCGCUAAUGCCGACCAGAAUAACCCCGCCCAAGUCACUUUCGCCAGAGCACUCUGGGAACGUAUCAGACGAGAAUUCCCCGAGCUACGGGUCUACCGAUUCUGGGACUGCCCCAUUGGCCCGCAUCCCGUGGCGAUGUUCGAAGUGAAUCUGUUCACACCGGCACAAUUUGGAGCCUUCGUCUCCUGGCUGGUCAUUAAUCGGGGCCCAUUGAGUGCAUUGGUUCACCCCAAUACUGUCCAGUCGGAAGAUGAGCGUAAUCAUACCCAGCGUGCGACCUGGUUGGGAGAUCGACUUCCGCUGGAUACUAGCGUCUUCAAGAAAUAA